GUUUUGCUUUUGAAGAUUGGGAGAGAGUGAAGAGGCUUAUACACGGCUGUGUCUAACACGGUUACCGCGCAGCUUGUUUCGGCCGAAAUUACGGGCCCCUUAUUGCUACGUUCACCAGCUCAAAACGGCUCCCGCCUUCCCCGAAAACCCGACGCAUUGAAAAGGGCUUGCUUCUCCGUGUGACCCCACGACAAGGAGAGGGGGAAACACGUCAGGCUUUCGGGCGAGCUUUUUUCGGGGGCGGGGAGCGGCUCAGAUGCGGCAGAACCGGCCAGGCCGGGACCCGCUCUCAGUGGGGAGCGGGAGAGGCGGGAGCGCCCGCGGGCAGGGGUCGCCGGGGCCGGCCCUGCGGGGCGGGCCGACGCGCUCCAGCGGAGCUCGGGAACGAGCCAGAAGUCGUGGCCGGGAGCCGGCGUGGGUGGGGGAGGCGGAGAGCAGCGAUCCACCUGGGCGACGUGGCAACCAUUCCCUACUCCCCGAGACCCCUCCCCAUUCGGCCGCCCACCCGCCCUCUCGCGGCUGGUUGCUGCGAGGCUGCUCUUCCCCGGCCGGACGGAGAGCGGCAGUGUCUCUCCGCCGGGCGCCCGCCGCGCGUCUGCCCCCGCAGCCAGCGCUGCUCGCCAGGCCUGCGCCGUGCCGGAGAGCCCAGUGGCGGCGGCGGGAAAGGGCUGCGGAAUCGCGGCGCUGCGUCUCACACUCGACGACGCGGCCUCGGCCUCGACGCCCUCCGCCCGUUCUCGGAGCAGAUACGCUUCUUCACAAAGUGGGACCUGGUUCCUGGCGCACAGGCUUACCUACUUAGAGACUCAUGUCAGAGGAUCUACAUAGAGUUGCUCACAUGCCUGUCCUUUGACCAGUUCCUGCAGCUGAGGGGAUGAGAUAUUUUAUUCAUGGGAAAGAGAUGCCCUGUAUUAUGGACCUGAGUAUUCCAGGUACCGAAAUGUAAGAAGACAUUAUGUUGGAUAACAGGAAGAGCUGUAGAGUUUGCAGGUGUCAACUGUGGCCUUAAUAAGCACAUUGAUAGCAUCAGUGAUAGACAGAUGGCUCAUGUGGCUGGUGGCUGCCAUAUUGACAUUGCAGUCCUGGAAGAUGGAGAGAGCUAUGACACAAUAAAUUUAAUUAAAAGGUCCUAUUACUGCUGGAUUGUGCAAGAUAUUUAACCCUAUUUUCUUUGAGGUAUGACUUAAAUAUCAAACAUCUUAAAUAAGAGAAGGGAAACAUUUUAGUUUUGGAAGUCAGAAUGCCAAGGAGAAGGAAAAAUCUUGGGGGAAAUCCUUUUCGGAAGACUACAAACUCUAAGGAAGUUGUAUCCAGUGUUGCUAGUCAUGAGGAGCCAACCACUACUCUUCCUUCCAUGUGUGAGACAAAAGUUGAUCAGGAAGAACUCUUCACCAGUAUCUCAGAGAUGUUUUCUGAUCUGGAUCCUGAUGUAGUGUAUUUGAUGCUUUCUGAAUGUGAUUUCAAAGUUGAAAAUGCCAUGGAUUGUCUAUUAGAAUUAUCAGCCACUGAUGCUAAAAUAGAAGAAUCGCCUUCAAAAAGCUUCGUUGCUUCUGAGAACCAAGUAGAUGCAGUGGGAUGUGAAAUAAUGGAAAAGUGUCCUCCUGAAGAAGAGAGUGAAGAUUCAAAAAUGGAUUCAUUUUUGGACAUGCAGCUAACUGAAGACUUAGAUUCCUUAAUACAGAAUGCUUUUGAGAAAUUGAACUCUUCUCCUGAUGACCAUGCAUACUCAUUUUUGCCUUUGCGAGAUGUUAAUAAUUUUAGUAACCCCAGUGCAUUUAUAAAUUCAGAUUCAAGUAGUACAACUCCUAUUCUUUCUACCCAAAAUAUGGAUUUGAACAGUGAAAAUGUAGAGAGUUCUGCCUCUACAUUGAGUUCAAAUUCCUUAACUUCACAUUCACUUUCAAAUGAGUCCAAAAGUUUUACAAAGGAUAACACAUUGGCAUUGGAAGAUUCUCUUCUCAGUAGUUCUUUAAAUGUAGCAAAUGACACUAUGGUGGAUUGUAGUAACCAAAUUCAGAAAGAGCUUUUAGAAUCUGCAUGUGUUGAGACUCAGUUCUCUCAAGCCCCUGUAGAUUUGGAUGCCAACGAACUUCAGGCUCCUUUAAACCUUACUGUGCAAAAUCUGGGGCUUGGUUUACUAGGUACAGGUGGAGAUCAGAAAUCUUCUGUCCCUGAUGUUUUUGUACCUUCUGAAGAAUUCAAUUUCCAGUCACACAAACAUACUGAACUGCCACCAAAGGGGAAGGAUGUGAAUUACUGCCCAGUACUUACCCCUCUCCCUCUACUGCUGCCUCCUCCUCCCCCUCCACCAAUGUGGAAUCCAAUGAUUCCUGCUUUUGACCUCUUCCAAGGAAACCAUGGCUUUGUAGCUCCUGUUGUAACCACAGCUGCACACUGGAGACCUGUCAACUAUACGUUUCCACCCCCGGUUAUUUCUCAUACUUCCCCAACAAAGGGAUGGAGAAAUAAAGAGGGAACAAGUGCUUAUCAGGUACAAGAAACUCCAGUUUCUCAGGUUGUAAGAAAGAAGACAUCAUCUUAUGUUGGACUAGUUCUUGUUCUUCUCAGAGGGCUUCCGGGAUCAGGAAAAUCUUUUUUGGCAAGGACUUUGCAAGAGGAUAAUCCAAGUGGAGUCAUUCUUAGUACUGAUGACUAUUUUUACAUAAAUGGACAAUACCAGUUUGAUGUAAAAUACUUAGGAGAAGCACAUGAAUGGAACCAGAAUCGUGCAAAAGAAGCAUUUGAAAAGAAGGUAUCUCCUAUAAUAAUAGAUAAUACAAAUCUACAGGCAUGGGAAAUGAAGCCAUAUGUUGCUUUGUCUCAAAAACAUAAAUAUAAAGUCCUUUUCCGGGAACCGGAUACAUGGUGGAAAUUCAAACCAAAGGAACUUGCAAGGCGUAAUAUUCAUGGGAUAAGCAAAGAAAAAAUAACAAGAAUGUUGGAACACUAUCAACGUUUUGUUUCAGUGCCCAUAAUCAUGAGUUCUUCAGUUCCAGAGAAAAUGGAACGUAUCGAGUUGUGUGCAUAUUCUUGUGACAGAAGUACUAGCCCAAGAGACAAUGAAGAUAUUGCCUCUGAAAAAGAAGAAAAUGUUUUAUCCUCAUCUCUGAAGCAUCCAGAGUUAAUUGAAGAGAAGAAACAUGGUGUGACCAAAGAAAAUUUGUUACCUGAGAACGUUACAUAUCUCCCUAAUGCAGAUUUAAACAACGGAAGAAAAGAAAUAAGUGGUAUGAAUCCUAACAAUCAGAAUGCUUUCAUUCAGGAAGCUCCAGACAUUUAUUUUUCUGAUUCUGAAAGCAAAGAACGAGCAACAGACAAAAGUGAAAAAGAAGAACCAGUAGAAAUGGCUCCUGAAAAAGAGUGUAGUAAAACCAAUGCAGAUAGUUUUGUAGAGAGAAUAUCACCAAGUAUUUGCUAUGGUGGAAAUAAUCAAGAAGACUGGGGUCUUUCAAAUACUGUACCACUUCAAAAUGAAAAAUCUUCAUCUAGUGAAAUGCUGGAAGAAAGAGCAGGAGUAAAGAAAAAAGCCUUUGGAAAACAAAAAAGCAAAUCAACUUCGGAAAAGUUCCCAAGACAAGAGCUGUCUUUUGUUGGUGACUGGCCAGUUGAUAAGUCUAUCGGUCAGAGGACAAAAAGGAACCGAAAAACUGAAAAAGCUAUAUCUAUACAAAGUGACAAAAAGUAUAAUUGCCCUCAGUCACAUAAAGUAUUAGACAGUAGUUUAUCUGUGAGUGUAGAUUGUAUCCAGCCACGAGGAUCUCCACAUGAAAACAUAGAGGAUGACAGCAAGUCACAGUGUGAUGAUGCCUCAGAAUCUUUCAAUAGCUGUAAAUAUGGUACUUAUAAAAAUACUGAAGAAGACUCAUUCAACAUUGUGGGUGACUGGCCUUCAUCUGAUUCUUUAGCUCAGAGAGAACACAGAUCAAGAAUGCCAAAGGCUGGCUUAAAUGAACCCAACCUAGAAUUUGGAACUAACAACAGUAUGAAUGAAAUGUCCUUAUAUACAGCACGUGAGGCCUGUUGGGGCACAAGCCCUGAAGAACUAAAAACGUUGGGUAGUUCUACUCGAGGAAGUUCUGAAAUGCUGCCCAAUGAAAUGACCUGUGAGAAUAAAACUUGUCCAAGUAAAAAGAUUCAUAGGCAACACACAUUGUCUCUUACUUUUACCAAUAGUGUGCCAACUGCUCCUGGAGGAGUGGGACCACAAACUUUAGCUGAAUUUCAAGAAGAAAAGACUAAAGAAGUCCCUGGAAUAGAAGUAGGCAAGUGUACUCAGACUGAACCACAGGAUUUUGCUCUCUUAUGGAAAAUAGAAAAGAAUAAAAUUAGUGUUUCAGAUUCUCUGAGAGUAUUAACAGGAAGAUUAGAUGGAUUUAAACCGAAAGCUUUCAAUAUUAACACAAAAUUAGAUGUUCAAGAAGCAAUUCCAUAUAGGGUAAUGUAUGACAAAAGCACAUAUGUUGAAGAAAGUGAGCUUACCAGUGCUGAUGAAUCUGAAAAUCUAAACAUUCUUUGUAAACUAUUUGGAUCGUUUUCAUUAGAAGCCCUAAAAGACCUAUAUGAGAGGUGUAACAAAGAUAUUAUUUGGGCCACAAGCCUUUUAUUGGAUUCUGAAACUAAAUUAUGUGAGGAUACUGAAUUUGAGAAUAUAAAAAAGUCAUAUGAUGAAGCACAAAUUGGGCCAUUUUCUCUGGGACUGAAUUUGAAGGAAAUUAUUAGCCAAAGAGGAAGCUUAGAGGAGUCUAAUUCUUCUGUGCCAGAAUUUAGCCAUGGAAUUGGUAUCAGUAACACUAAUGUACAGUCUACCUGUAAUUCAGAAAAGGAAAACUUAGAGCAGGCAGAAAUAAGAGCUAUAACUACUGAAAAACCUGGAUUAAUAACAGGUAUAUUUCCUAAUGUAGAUCUCAAGAAUAAUAAUGAAGUACUUCCUAAUAGUCAGGCAGAACUUUCAGGUUUAUAUAAUGUUAAGCAGUUUUUUCCAGGCACUCUAAAAGCUACUACCACUAAAAAUGUGAGUGAAAUGGGGAAGAAUCCAGAAGUCACUGAGAUUGGAGACAGUAUACAUUCUUCUUUGAAUUUGUCUGAUAUUUUAAAUUCUGUAUCGAGCACUUCGGAUCUUGAAUUACAUGAAGAACUUUAUUUUACUGACUCUUUUGACAUAAAUAAAAGUGAAAAUCUUCCAAAGGAUUAUGUGAAAUUUCCAAACACAGAAGAAUUUAUGAAUGAAGAUGAACAGGAAGUGGAAAAAAUUCUAAUGGCAGGGAGUGCUUUGUCAGCUGGAGUUACUGAAGAAGAUAAGACUGAGACAUUGAAUCCCACGCCAGUGAUGGCCAAAUCGCUGACCAUAGACUGUCUGGAAUUGGCAUUACCCCCUGAACUGGCUUUUCAGCUCAAUGAGUUAUUUGGCCCUGUUGGUAUUGAUUCAGGGUCCCUAACAGUUGAGGAUUGUGUGGUUCAUAUAGAUCUGAAUCUGGCUAAAGUGAUUCAUGAAAAAUGGAAAGAAUCUGUAAUGGAGCGACAAAGACAAGAAGAGGUAUCCUGUGGCAAAUUAAUGCAAGAUCCUUCCCUGGUUGGGCGUGUUGGUCUUGAUAAUCCAGAACAAAAAUCAUCUCAGAGAACGGGCAAAAAAUUACUGAAGACUUUAGCAGCACCUGAAAUGCUACCCUUAUUGGAUCAUUGGAACACUCAUACUAAAAAAGUAUCACUCAGAGAAAUAAUGUCAGAAGAAAUUGCCUUACAGGAAAAGCAUGAUUUGUUUCUGCCCAUUGAGGAGAAUAUGUUUUUGAGGACGUUGUUCACAGCAUCACACAGUGUCCCUUUUAUGAGGACCCAUGGGAGAAAUUUCUCUCAGAAAAGGGAGCCGCUUAUAUUUGAAAAAGAUUGUGCCACUAAACUAAAGGAGAAGCAGCUCUUUAAGAUAUUUCCAGCCAUUAACCAAAAUUUUCUGGUGGACAUUUUCAAGGACCACAACUAUUCAUUAGAACACACAGUGCAAUUUCUAAAUUGUGUUCUUGAAGGAGACCCUGUAAAAACGGUGGUAGCACAAGAGUUUGUUCACCAAAAUGAGAAUGUCACUUCUCAUACUGCACAGAAGUCUAAGGAGAAAAAGGCAAAGAAAUUGAAAGAGACUGAAGAUAUACCAAGCGAGCCAUCUUUCCAGGAUUUUGAGUACCCAGAGUAUGAUGACUACAGGGCAGAGGCUUUCCUGCACCAGCAGAAGAGGAUAGAAUGCUAUAGCAAGGCAAAAGAAGCUUAUCGGAUGGGGAAGAAAAAUGUUGCCACGUUUUAUGCCCAGCAAGGUAGUCUCCAUGAGCAGAAGAUGAAAGAAGCCAAUCACCUUGCUGCUGUGGAGAUCUUUGAGAAAGUCAAUGCCUCCCUGCUGCCACAGAAUGUUUUAGACCUCCAUGGGCUGCAUGUGGAUGAGGCUAUAGAACAUUUGAUGACAGUUUUACAGCAGAAAACUGAAGAAUUUAAGCAGAAUGGUGGUAAGCCCUAUCUCUCUGUGAUUACGGGGAGAGGAAACCACAGCCAGGGAGGAGUUGCUCGCAUCAAACCAGCUGUCAUUAAAUACCUCACAAGCCAUAGCUUCAGGUUCUCUGAAAUUAAACCUGGGUGCUUGAAAGUCAUGCUAAAGUAAAAUAAAUGUCCUUGACUUAAAAAUGUGAAGGUUUGUAGGUUAAAAUUAGUUUUAUUUGCAGUAAUUUAGUCAACUGUACUGUAAAUGUGUGUUUUAUUAGAAGUAAUGUCCAGUUAUAAAACAGAAAAACAUUAUGUUUUUCAAAAUUCAAGAGAAGUUUAAUUUUUUACUGAAUCACAUGCCAAAUAUGUUGUCUAUUAAAAGUAUUAAAGAGAAUUUUUACUGAUUACAAAAUAUCUAAGAAAAUUAUCAGCUGCAGUUUUAAAGAUUGAAAUGCUCUGAUUCUUUCUCAGACAGAAAAUGUAACCUUUAUAUUAAUUGUUGUUUGACAUUUAGUAAAGUCUUAAAGGCUUCUAUGAGAGGUAUUUAAAGUGCUUUGAGACCUGGUUCAUGCCCUUCAAAGGCUUGUAUUUAAAAAAGAAGAAGUACUAGUACCAGCAGUAAUGAAAGAAAGGAGAUCUAACAAAAACACUUGAGUGCUUUUUGAUUUCAAAACAAUACAAAAAAAAUCAUUUUGCCGUAUCCUACAGGAAGGAAGACAUGCUGUUGCACUUUCUUCUGCUUUGUAUAUGAUCAUGAUCUCUUACCUUUUGUUCCUUUGUUCUGUGUGUGUACAUUUUCUAGGAGUAAAGUUGGAGUCUGAGAUUAUAUUGCAGUUUUAUACCUUCCAUAGGCAGGCAAGUUUUCAGAGAAGGAGAAAUGGUUAGAUAUCUACCAAGUGCUGCUGUCUUAUAAAACUGCUUCUAGUCUUAUAGAACUGUCUGUGUAAGUGGUAUUGAAGACAGUACUAAAGAGCUAUAUUUUGUAUUUGAGGCAUGUAAUUUCUAAACUACAGUAGGUCAAAAUCCUAUUAACUUAAAUAGAUAUAGAAAACAUUUUUGAUAUAAUCAUAAAAGAAAUUCUUACAAUUUAAAAGUUUUUUACCUUUAUUUUUAAAAAGAACCAACUUUCUGAAAGGAAACUUUCAUUGACUUCUGUUUUUUGGUAAGCUAAAAAGUCCUGUUAGUAUGUCAGUUAUAAUUUCCUUUACACAAGUUUAGUGUGGCGAAGUAUAAUUUUCCAAUGUGAGACACUGGCUUAAAUAAAUUUGACUUUGGAUAUGAAGGAUAUUUUCAACAUAUGUAAUUUUAGCAAACAAUUGUAUUGCUUUUUGAUAGGCUUAAAAAAUUAUUUGGAUCAGGAAUGAUAGGAUUGAGCUAUUACUGAAAGAAUCCUGAAUUUCAGAAUGGUUUCCCAAAAGAACAGACAUUUUAAUGAAAAUGAAAUUCAAAAAAUGUUUUUAUAUAACAUGAAAGCAUGCUUAUAAAAGAAGAGCCAUAUCAUUGAAUUUAUUUCCACAAAAAUAAAAAUAUAUGUUUAUUACUUAGAAAUAGUGACUGAUAUUGAAGUAUUAUUCACAUUUGUUAUGUUUGUGGUAAUUUGUUAAAAAAAAGAAAAGAAUGCCAACAGUUUGGUAUUAUGUUUUUUGUGAUGUCUAGAAGAAUUGUAUACACUAAAAAUAAAGCAAUUCCUUUCAGCAACUUAUUAUAAAACUACAACUGUUAAUGAAAUAAAAUCUUUCUAUGUAUAAAUUGAUACGAUUUAAGAAAUGUGAAUAACAAUACUAAAACCUAGAAUUAUUCUAGUGUGUGCAGCUGCAUACUCAUUUUCUGUGUUUUUAUAUUUCCUUACCCAGUUUUAAAAAAACAUCAUUUUUGAGCACUUCAGCUAGACUUAUUUCAGUAUUAUUUGUUAUAAUUAUGAUUGACGCGGGAGCAGUCAAAAAGAACAAGAGGUGGGGUAUUUUGUGGGCAGAAACCAAAUGAAAGAACCUAUGUUUUGCACUGUAUCAACUCUAAUUUUAUGCUUUAUUUCGGUAAAUCUAGGGUAUUUCUUCUUAAUCAUCAUUCAUAAACAUAUAGGCAAACUUUGAGCAUCAUAAAUGUUUUUAUGAAGUUGUUUAGUACCAAACUGCCUCCUACCCCACUAUGUAGCAUAGUUUAACCAACACAUAAUUAUGAAAGAAAAUUUUAUAAUUGCCCCUUUCUUGUUUUGCCUAUUUCUAAAUCCUGUAUGCCAAAGGUAAACAGAGUUUGAGGAUUAUCAAAUUUUUCUCUUUUGCCCAUUUCUAAAUCCUGUGUGUCAAAACUAAUGAUAAUGUGGGGAUUAUCAAAGUUUUCAUGUAUGUAUUGGUAUAUUUGUGCUAAUAUAUGGCUUAUUAGAAUGGCUCUUUGCAAAGUUAUUAAUAUUUUAAAAGUAUAACACUUCUGUAAUUUGGAAGAGUUUAGUAGCAGUUAUAUUCUUUGAAUAGUCUCUUACCAGUAUGUACCAGGGGAAAAAGAGAACUAAUGUGGAAACCACAGGGAAAGCGGGGUUGGACUGAGGGGACUCUUAACAGUAUUUCCAGCUAUUCAUUUCCUUCCUUCAACAGGAGAAUGGAAGCAUGUUGUCUUACAUUUAUUGGCUGUUCAUAUAUCUCUAUAUUGUUUUCAAGUUGAGAUUUCUUCAAUUUAUUAGUGUUUCAAUACUACUUGCAAUUCUAAGGCCUUUAAAUGUAGGACAUAUUGUAUAGUAGAAAUCCUGACUUUAAAGUGUCUUGUGUAUUAUAACACAUUUUGAGAAGAAAAGCUAAAUAAUUCUGUUGGAUUGUUUCCAAUCCUUUAUUUUGGUCUUUUUCUUUUUAAAUUCAAGUGUUUUGUAUGCUUAGAAAAAGGACAUGUAUAAAAGCAAGAUUGGUUAUUUCUAAGCUGGAAAUUGGAAACUUUGAAACUCAGGAAAUUGCUCUGACAAUGUUUUAACUGCUCUCAAUUUAAGAAAAUGACAAAAUGUAUAAAAAAGACACAGAAAUAAUGUGUGCUGUUUUUUCCAAGUGCUUUUUCUAAGUGCUUUUCCAUUGUGCAAUUGAGGUGAAGUUUGAUAAUUUUUCUGUGUAGUGGUUAAAUAUUGCUUAUUUUUAUUUACAUGGUAAAGAAAACAGAUUUAAAUGUUUGCGUGGCCAAAAAAAAUUGUCAUUUAAAAGGUAAAGUAAGUUUGUGUAGAAUGUAUGUUAAUGGUGCUGAUUUUUAAAAUGUAAUUCAAGUUUACAGUGUUACUUAAUGUCUCUUUGCAGAAUUUAUUAGAGAAAUAAGGCUAGAAUACAUCUACAUCCCGAAGAGGUUUUUAUAACUUCACAUUACAUGAUGAUGAAUUUUAUUAUUUUCCUUAAAGUUGAGCAAUUGAAUUUUAUGGCCCAAAUGAUGAACCCUGAUUAACAAAUGAUUGAAUUAACCAUGAGACUUCUCAUUAAAAUAUAUUGCAGCUGUCAGUUGGAGAAUAUAUUAUAAAAUUUUCAGAUAGUAUAUAAGAAACAAAAUACUUUUAUUUGUACUAUAAAGAAAAUAUAAUUUUGCUCUUAACUCUGUACUUUUUUAUUGAAAAUGUUUUAUAACUUUGCUUUUAAAAUUUCUUAUGAAAUCAUAUGAAAAUUACAUACUUAAUUUAAUAAAAUACUUUAACCACUG